AAAUCUCAGGGACAAACUAGACUGCCAAAAUGAAGAAGGACUAAAAUGACUGUCUGUACUUUCAGUACACUUAUGCUGGCAUCAGAAGCAUCCAUUGAGGACCUGAUGGUGCAAGCACAGAAGAUCAAGUAUGAUAUCAUUGGUCUGACUGAAAUGAGAAGACAUCAAUCACAUGAUGCCAUUUUCGACACUGGAGAAGAACUGUUCCUCGGAACAUGUGACAGUAGAGGCAUCAAUGGCAUUGGUGUCCUUGUCAACAUAAACUUGGCCAUGAGCAUUGAUUCAUUUGAAUGCCUAACAACCCGAAUUGGACGAUUACACUUGAAUAAAUGUGGCUCACUGCUGGCAGUUUCUAUCUUCAUUGUUUACGCACCAACAUCCAACUACGAUGAAGAAAUCGAGAAGUUCUACAUGGAGCUGGAGAAGUUCUAUAAAGAAGACCACACCUUCUGUAAGAUCAUUGUUGGUGAUUUUAAUGCCAAGAUAGGACCAAGAAGGUCACCUAAAGAACUCCACAUUGGAACCCAUGGCCUAGAAUGGAAUGAACAGGGUGAGAGACUGUCUGAAUCCAUCAUGUCGACCAAGACCAUCCAUGUAAAACGGAGAUUGGAUAUAGUCUGGCUAACUUCCCAGGGUUUCAGUUCUAAAGUACUACAGAACGGGCAUCUAGAAACAGCAGAAUCUUUUGUCUCACAGUUUGACAAAACCUGA